AUGCCGGCCCCUCCCUCUCCGGCAGCGGCGGCACAGCUGGCGCCGCCGCACCGCAGCGGCAGCUGGCAGGGCAUACCCGUGCGGUACCAGAUCGAGGCGGUCAUCGGCCAGGGCGCCUACGGCACGGUUUGCGAGGCAUACGACCGCGAGCGCGAGGAGGCGAUAGCGGUGAAGCAGGUCCGCCGCCUGUUCGACAACCUGCCCUCCUGUAAGCGGACGCUCCGCGAGAUCGCCAUCCUCACCGCCCUUAACCACGAUUGCGUCAUGAAGGUCCACGAUAUCUUCGUGCCGCGGGACGAGGUGGACACUUUCUCGGAGCUCUACAUCGUCAUGGAGCUGUGCGACACGGACCUGCAGAAGCUCGUCGCCCUUGACAUGGUACUGACCACGGAGCACAUCGCGUGGCUCAUGUACAACCUGAUGCGCGGCCUGGCGUACCUGCACUCCGUGGGCGUCUGCCACCGCGACCUCAAGCCUGCGAACUGCCUGGUGAACCAGCACUGCACCGUGAAGAUCACCGACUUCAACCUGUCCUGCAUCAUGGGCUGCGACGGCGCCGAGAGCGGGCCCCCGCGGCCGCCCUCGCCCAUAGACUCCAGCCGCCCGGAGCGGCGCUCGAGCAAGCCGCAGAAGGUCCUCACGAGCCACGUCGUCACGAGGCACUACCGGGCUCCCGAGGUCAUCCUCCUGGAGCGCAGCUACACCACCAAGAUCGACAUCUGGAGCGCCGCCUGCAUCUUCGCGGAGCUGCUGCAGACCCUGCCGGAGGGCCCCCCCUGCGCCCGGCGCGGCCCGCUCUUCCCCGGCACCUGCUCCUACCCGCUCUCGCCGGGCCACGCCUCCCAGCGCACCGGCGCCCGCACGGGCCGCGACCAGCUGAGCCUGAUCUUCGACCUCCUGGGCACGCCGUCGCAGUGCGAGGUCGACAGGCUGGACCGGGCCGACGCGCGCAGGUACGUGCAGUGCUUCCAGGCGCGCGCGGGGCAGGGCGUGCGGGGCCGCGUGCCCUACGCGGGGGAGGCGGCGCUGCGGCUGCUAGGACGGCUGCUGGCCUUCUCCCCGGAGGACCGGGCCACGGCGCGGCAGGCCCUGAGGAGCGACUUCUUCGCCGGCGUGCGGCAGGAGGAGGAGGCCGCCGAGGAGGAGGAGGCGCUCGACGCCGCGGAGCCCGUCCGCCUGCACUUCGAGGAGGAGGGCUCGAACGUCCGCCUGGACGACGAGGACGGCCUGCGCGGCUGCAUCCUGGAGGUGAUGCGCGCGCUGCGGGCGAGCGCCGCCGGCGCCCCGCCCGCGCCGCCCGCCGCGGCCUGCGCCGCCCGCGGCGGAGCGCGCGAGGAGCCGCCGCGCCCCGCGAAGGGCGAGCCCGCAAGCCCCGCGGCGCCGCUGAUGGCCGCGGCGCACGAGGCGGGCGCCGCGGCCGCGGCGCAGGGCCCCCUCGCGUGA